ACCUGAAGAAGACCUGUUGGAGGAAGUAAUUUACUUAACGAGGGAUAUCUGCUGAGAUGUAUCACUGACCAGCUGAAGCCCUUUGCACACUCCCAAGUGUUAAAUGGGGAAAAGGAAAGACAUGAUCCACCCCAGGUUCCUUGCAGCCGAAGGUGGACUGCAUGCGCUCCACAAGAGGAAACACAAAAAACACAAGAAGCAUAAGAAGAAGCAUCACCGUGACGACGCCAGCGGUGGCCACACCUUCCCCGAGCCCUUGGAGAAACACCCCCACCACCCCAUGCCCAUGCCCAGACCCCCGCCGCCACCACAGCUACGGCUCAAGAUCAAACUGGGGGGCCAGACACUGGGCACUAAGAGUGUGCCGACCUUCACCGUGCACCCUGGCGUCGCCUGUCCCCCCUCACCGCUGAUGAUCGUCAAUAAACACAAUGACUAUGACGAUGACGACGACGAUGAUGAUGACGACGACGACGACGACGAUGACGAAGAGCCGUCCGUGCCUCUGGAGCAGUACCGGGCCUGGUUAGUAGGUCCCAAUCCCUCUUCAAAGACACAUGAUGAGGACAGCAACGUGGCUACCUCCCCGAUGCCCGACGUGGACUCGGACUCGCUGCCCGCGGUCCCGGUAGACGAGGAGGAGCGGUGGCUUGACGCCCUGGAGAAAGGAGAGCUGGACGACAACGGGGAGCUGAAGAAGGAGAUCGACGAGUCCCUGCUCACCGCCCGACAGAAAGCCUUGCUCCACAAGCAGCAGAGCCAGCCCCUGCUGGAGCUGCCCAUGGGCUACAAGGAGAAGGAGAUGACGGCCGAAAUGAUGCAGAAGCGGGAGGAGCGUGCCCGCAAGCGGCGCCUGCAGGCCGCCAAGAAGGCGGAGGACAGCAAGAACCAGACCAUCGAGAGGCUGACCAAGACCAGCAAGGCCAAGAUCAAGAGCAUGCGGGAGAGGAAGUUCAAGCAGGCCCAGUGCCCCAUGGUGCGCUACAGCGACUCGGCCGCCGGGGGCGUGGCCAUCUCCUUCCCAGUGGGCGUGGCUCCGCCCCCGGCGGCGCCGGCCCCGCCCCCGGCUCCGCCGGCGCCCUGCGGGGUGACGGGGUGCGACAAUCUCAAGAGGUACUGCUGCUCCACGACCGGCGUGCCGCUGUGUAGUCUGGCGUGCUACAAGAAGAACCUGGCGCUGGUGCAGACCGCCGCAUGAGGCCCGGCCGUCGAGCAAGGCACUAGAAUGUCAAGUAAGGCGGCCCUCAAGGGACAAAACUCCAUGAAAACAGGACUGGAUUUGCAUAAUUUUUUCAUUUUAUAAGUAAAGUAUUUGUAACGUGUGUAUGCUGUGUCCGAUCAGGUUUUUUCCCCCCCAUUGGUGGCAUUAUUUUGUUAUAACGAAAUCAGUGAGUGAAUUUAAGUGAAUUACCGGAACAUUUUUAUAUCGAAAGACGCUGCCUGCGGUUUUAUUUUUAAACCUCUUCCCCUGUUAACUUUUUUUUUUUUUUUAUAACCGAUGUAAUUAUAAUUAUUCAACAUGAUCGUGACAGGCUUACAAAGCAAAAGGAAUCACUUACUUUAAUUCUCUAAGAAAUGUACAUUGUUAUAAAGUGCGAUUACCGUACAAAAACAAAUACUGUACAUCUUAAAUAACAAAUUGUUUUCUGAGACAAUUCAUUCAUUUUUUUCGGUCAAUUACUGAUGGCACUAGUCAGUAGUGCCUGUACAGGCCACUUCUCCUUUCAAGACUUCCUUUAUUAAACUGAACACCUUGGUUUCUGAGGUAUUUGUUUGAAGAA